AUGGACGAGCCGCUUUUCAAAGCGAGUCCUUCCGAGAUUCGAUUUGCAAAUUUUGAGAGUCUGCAGAACCUGGAUGCCACACUGAACUUGCGCAAUCAAGACAAUGUGGCAAGAAGGGUGAAAAUCCUGCAGCCAGAUAGCACCUUUUUCAAGGUCUUGCCGGGCAAAGGCCGCAAAGCUGACGCUGGAGACAACAAGGCGUUAAAUGACAACGCUGUAGCUCCUGGAAUGGAGGUGUCCUACAUAGCAGCUUGGCUGUAUUUGGCGGUGCGCUUCACUCCAGAUCAGCAGGUCGAAGACUAUUCUUAUGACUUGGUGGUGAUCACCGAGCGCGAACGAUUCCUGGUGCCCAUCCGUGCCACGGGCGGUGGCGCUUUGUUGGACAUGCCCGAUGAAUUAGACUUCGGCCUGUCACCUGUGAAGUACGAGGCGCCCAAAACCAUUAUGGUCCGCAAUGUCGGAGAGAAACCCACAAAGUUCUUACUCAAGGUUCCGCCACCCUUCAGCACGUCCAUUCAAGAUGGCUAUCUCGAGGUUGGCGAGAUCAUGCAGGUAGAUGUGGUUUUCAGACCCGACAAAGCAGAGCCCUAUGAGCGAGAGAUGGUUGUGAUCUAUGGGGAUGGAAUUGAGGCCUAUGUCUCCCUGCGCGGCAGAGCUGAGAAUGUCAAUGUGACUUUCUCGGCAAGCCAGCUGCAAUUGGAGGAUACCUUCAUCGCUUUGUCGACGCAGAAGACGAUCGUGAUCCACAACAACUCAGAGAUUCCGGUGGAUUUUAGCUGGCGUGCUUUCCCCUCCAUCCAGGAGGAGAUCAGCCAAAAGUUGAAGCUACAGGUGCAGCUGAAACAAGAAGAACAAGACGAGGCUUCAGCUAUACAAGAGCUACACUCCGCAGGCCGGGUGCAAUCAGAGGCAGAGUCGGUCUUGAGCGAUACUUCCGAAGAGUAUGAUACCAGGUGUACAUCGCUGAAAGGAAUUGAGAUGGCCCAAGGGGCCCUCCAAAGAAGAUACAAGAACAUUACCAAGGCGAUCCUGGAGGACCCCAUGUUCUUCUAUGAUGAGAUCUUUGCCGUCGAGCCACUGUCUGGGCGCAUUUGGGCCAAGUCCAAGAUUGCAAUUACAUUUACCUUCACGCCAAAGGCUGCUUUGAAUUACCAAUGCCUUGCAUACUGCUCAGUGGUUGGCCGGGCUGAGCGUCUUCCAUUGCUUUUGAAAGGAACAGGAAUAGGGCCCAAGGCUGCCUUCUCCUAUGAUGAGCUGGAUGUGGGAGAUAUUUUCGUGGAAUCCGUGCACCAGUACGAGGUCUCUCCAACCUUCCAUUUCGAUUUGGACCGGAUCUCCUUUGGUGUGGUGAGCUAUGGCUUCCUGAACUCCAAGACCCUCACCUUGACGAACACCUCUGAGGUGCCUAUGAGGUUUGCCCUGAGAAUACCUGGCGAUGGAAGAUUCACGCAGCGAGAAUUUGACGUGAUCCCACCCAAGGGCACGCUGCUUCCAAACUGUGCGCAAAAGGUUCAGAUUGACUUUGUGAGCUCGGCCCUCAGUGACCUCACUUCACUUCAGAUGCUUUGGCUUGUGGAACGAGCUGUUUUGGCACGAUCAGAUGUAUCAGAGGAGCUGGCCAGUAUUCCUAUCCAAGCUCGCUGUGCUGUGCCACAAGUGGCGUUAGAACCUGCAGAGCACGUGGACUACGGUGAUAUUUUCAUCCGUUAUCCUUCCCACCAAACGAUGGUGCUGAACAACACGUCAGCCUUGCCGGCCAAGUUUCAGAUCAUGCCACAAGAAGAGACCACGCGGGCCAUUGCAGAGUUCGAGCCAGACCAGUCUUUCGGCUCAGUGCCACCUGCAUCCUCACAUGUCCUUACUUUCACACUCACUUCACAAGUGAUUGGCACUCUGCAGAUACCCAUUACCAUACGGAUCCUGGGACAGAGUUCAGCGAGGAAUUUGAUCUUGAUUGCCAACACCAUUGGACCGAUUGUAAACGUGGAGCCCAGCGUCGUAGACUGGGGCAACUCACACUGCUUGGAGCCGAUUACAAGAUCUGUGCUCGUCACCAACAACAGCGUGAUCCCUGCCUCCAUACGAUGCAUUAUGAAGAGCAAGAACUCUCUUUGGACGUUGUCGCCCAAAGCCAUGGAACUUCCACCACAUGGCUCCGCAAACCUGAACAUGACUCUGACCAUCGAUGAGGUUGCCAAGAUGACGGAUACUGUCCAUGUCAUUGUGCACGAAAGCAACGAUGUGGCGGUGACCGUGAGGGCCAAGGGCAUUGGAACUCCAGUGAUGUGUCGCGAGCCGCUGCUGUGUCUGAAGCGACCGGUUUGUCUGAGAUUGGCGAUGCUCAAGCUGCAACGCUUAAGGAAGAUGACUUCGCGGCAUCCAGAGGAUGCCUUCGAUUCGCGUCAGAAGCAUCCCAAAGCACGACGGGACAGCCAACGAUCGAACGAGCGAAAGAAGAGACAUUCUCGAUAUUCACAACGAUCAAGAAUUUCACAGAGCUCCCGAGAUGACCUUGGAAACUUUCCUUGGAAUGUCGAAUGGAACCAGAUUCUUGAAGCCACUGAAGCGCCAGGGCCGCCAGAGGUUCAACCAGAGCGAAAGAAGAAGUCAAGGUGUUGCAAACGGAUUCGCACUUGCCUUUACUUGCUCUUUGUUGCAGCCUACAUCAUUUUAGUUGGCGUACUCGUAUCACUCCUUAUGUCAGAGCGGGAAUUAUUGGAGGCACCUGGUCAUGACAGUCCAGAAUGCCAGGAAAAGCUGUGCCCAAUUCACAGCCCCUGCCAACUAAAGUCGGGCGAGGCAACAUGUGUUCCUACAUCAGUUGCAAACCUUCGAGCCAUUGAAGCAAUCUUGGGAGUUGUGGUUGGCCUACCCUCGGUGAUUUGCAUUCCUUGCACCAUCCACUGGCUUUGGAGACGGUGGCGUGGGAAGUCCUGGGGCAAGAAAUCUGCAGUGCCAGCGCCCAAUUCCACGGAUCUUGAAGCAAGGAAUGAUCUUGAAGGAGCGCAGACGGCGCGUGCUGCAAUUCUCGGGAAGCCUCAGAUGCAUCAUUCUGAAGUGUUGGGAUUUGAUCCCCAAGGGGCUCAUUCCCCACCACAGGGCAGAGAACGAGAGCACCACAAGGCGUCAUUGGCGAAGCACGAUGAUGGCUUAGACGACUUGUUCAAACCUUUGGCCAAACAUCCAGUCGAAGCAGCCGAAGACGAGCUGGACUUUUUGUUUGCACCGAACCCAAGGGUGAAGGCAAGGAAGGAGAAGGAGAAGGAACCGAAGGAACAGCUGGAGAAGGCAAUGGACACCGUGGCUGUACCGCUUGGAGAAUCCACUGGCCCUCAAGGCUCCGAGUCCGAGUUCAGCGCCUUGUUCCAGCGUCGCCUUCGGCCAAGUCCCCCAGCCGAGGAGGUUCACUCGGAGCUGCAUUCCAACUUCUCUGAAGGGGUGAGCGUGUUCUUCGCUUCGAUGAAGAGGCCCACUUCAAUGCCGAAAUCUACGAAGUCGACUGCAAGCUCUCAUGGCUCUCACCAUUCCGAAGCGUCUCGGGAUGUCUUCCGAAGUGUUUCGAAGCUUCAGGAAGAGGCGGAAGUGGAUGAUUUCCUUGACGAAGAGCUCGGGGAUCCACCCGACUUCUUCAGCUUUGCGCAGAAGAUUGCACUCAAAGCCGAGGGCUGCGCACGUGUGGAUACCUUAGAAAGGGCCACAUCGGAAGAUUCAUUGGGACACUUGGAGCCAGAUGAUCUUGCUGACAUGCUUUGUGGUGAUGAUCGGAAGGGCAAAGUGAUCUUCCGCUCUGAAUUGAGUGGCAACUUCGUGCUGCCUUUGCUUGAGCUAUCUGCCACAAGCGUGUGCUUCCGCUAUUUGUGGGAGCGGAACUGUCCGCUCCAUCCAUUGUCUGAACCGCUGGCAGCUUUCUGGCAAGAGCACCGCUUCCAGCGGCCUGUGCCCAAGGAGGCAGACUUUGCCCUGGACAUUUUUCAGCGGACCUUUCCAGAAGUUACCACAGAGGAGCACAUCCUCAUAAGGCGCUGGGAGGACAUUGUUGACGUCUUUCAGAGCCCGGAGCUCGUCAACCAGCUGAUAGAGGAUGAGCCAUCCAUCUUGCGGUGGCCUCGAAGAAUGGCGAGGAAUGCUCUUCACUACCUGGAGAUCUACUUGGGUUAUGAGGCAGCUAGGGAAGCAGUUUUUGAAUGCCCCUACUUGCUGACGAAGAACCCGAAGCGUCUGCGUGAGUCCCUGCCGGCUCUGAUUAACGUGUUGGGAUCGAAGCAGCGCCUAUGCGAAGUCAUUACGAAGUAUCCCCAGCUGGCAAACAUUCCCAUUGGUGACUUCUACAAGGCCGUGGGUGAUAUGACGGCGGUGAUGGGGAACCGAGAAGCUGCCUUAGAGGUGGCCAAGGAGGCCAUGGAGCGUGUGGCACGCUCUCCGUAUAUCUCUGCUGUGCCGGGAUGCUACCCGGUGCUGAUUGCCAUCUUUGGCGGCUUGGAAGAGGCGCACAUGGCGAUCGAGAGGGAGCCCCUGCUGUUGAAGUGGUACGGUGACUGGCCAGCAGCCAUGAGACCCAUCAGCAACCUUUCCUUUUACUCUCAGCUCGACUGCUCGGUUGACGAAGCACUGACCGUGAUCGGUCUGCAAAGGACUCCAAGGAGGGGGGCGCAAGCUGCAGUUCGCAAAGCUCCUUAUUUGCUCCUCGAGGAGAACCAGCAACUUGACUCAAAAGAAGCUUCGCGAUUUGCAGAAAUGGCUUCUGAGUUGGAGGAUUUCUAG